UUUUUUCUCUCUCUGCACAUACAACAACUCAGUAUAGAGAGAGAGUGAGGAAAAAAAUAAAAAAUGCAGUACAACAAAUGUGAAAAGUUUGCAAACAGAUAAAAAAAGGGGUUCAUUAGAACAAGUAUAGAAGAACUACUAUAAACUGAACUGAGAAACACAAAAAAAAGGGUGUUCAGUGGUUACAAAAUCUUGAAAAAAAAGGUGUAAAAAUUUGAUCUUUUUUUUGGUGAGAUUGAUUCUUGGGUUUUGAGGUUUGUGGGUGUGUUUUUCUUGGUGGUUUGAUGAUGGUAUUGUUGUAUGGUAAUGAGGGGUAGGGUUUUCUUGAUUUUUUGAGUAAAUGCUGGCUUAUUUGAGUUUGCUUUACUUGGAUCUAAGAGAUUUUUUAAGUGAGGUGGCUGUUUGAUUUGUAAACAUAACAUAUAGACAGAUAAAUAUAUGAUGAAAAAAGUGAUGGAGAAGGAUUCUUUGGUGUCAGUGAUGGUGUGGUUGAUCUUGGUUGUUCAUCCUAUUAAGCUCAUUUGUGCUAAUAUGGAAGGUGAUGCGUUGCACAAUCUACGGACCAAUUUACAAGAUCCUAACAAUGUAUUACAGAGCUGGGAUCCUACCCUUGUUAAUCCUUGCACAUGGUUUCAUGUUACUUGCAACAAUGACAACAGUGUUAUAAGAGUUGAUUUAGGAAAUGCAGCUUUAUCUGGUCAGUUAGUCCCACAGCUUGGUCUUUUGAAGAAUUUGCAGUACUUGGAGCUUUACAGUAAUAAUAUAAGUGGUGUAAUACCGAGUGAUCUUGGAAAUUUGACUAAUCUGGUCAGCUUGGAUCUCUACUUGAACGGCUUCACUGGUCCCAUCCCAGAUUCCUUGGGCAAGCUGUCGAAAUUGAGAUUCCUUCGGCUCAACAACAAUAGCUUGUCUGGUUCCAUACCGUUGUCACUGACUAAUAUCUCAUCUCUACAAGUGUUGGAUCUGUCAAACAACCGUCUCGCAGGUGCUGUUCCAGAUAAUGGUUCCUUUUCUCUAUUCACACCUAUCAGUUUUGCGAAUAAUUUAGAUCUUUGCGGGCCUGUAACUGGACACCCUUGCCCGGGAUCUCCUCCAUUCUCUCCUCCUCCUCCAUUUGUUCCACCACCACCAAUUUCGGCUCCAGGAGGAAAUGGUGCAACUGGAGCAAUUGCUGGAGGUGUAGCUGCUGGUGCCGCUCUACUAUUUGCUGCUCCUGCCAUUUUAUUUGCCUGGUGGCGCCGUAGAAAGCCACAAGAAUAUUUCUUUGAUGUACCAGCUGAAGAGGAUCCUGAAGUUCACUUAGGUCAACUGAAAAGGUUCUCCCUCCGAGAGCUACAAGUUGCAACCGACAGUUUUAGCAAUAAAAACAUUCUGGGUCGAGGUGGAUUUGGUAAGGUAUACAAAGGACGCUUGGCAGAUGGAUCAUUGGUGGCUGUUAAACGGCUAAAGGAGGAGCGUACUCCUGGAGGGGAGUUGCAGUUUCAAACAGAAGUUGAGAUGAUUAGCAUGGCAGUGCAUCGGAAUCUUCUACGAUUACGUGGCUUCUGUAUGACACCAACUGAAAGGCUGCUUGUGUACCCCUACAUGGCGAAUGGAAGUGUUGCAUCAUGCCUGAGAGAACGACCACCAAAUGAACCGCCACUUGAUUGGCCAACGCGGAAACGCAUUGCUUUGGGGUCAGCCAGGGGAUUAUCGUAUUUGCAUGAUCAUUGUGACCCUAAGAUUAUCCACCGUGAUGUGAAGGCUGCAAAUAUAUUGCUAGAUGAAGAAUUUGAGGCUGUUGUUGGAGACUUUGGUUUGGCUAAACUUAUGGACUACAAGGAUACACAUGUUACUACCGCUGUGCGUGGUACAAUUGGGCAUAUAGCUCCGGAAUACCUGUCCACAGGGAAGUCUUCAGAAAAGACUGACGUUUUUGGGUAUGGGAUUAUGCUUCUGGAGCUAAUUACCGGUCAACGUGCUUUUGAUCUAGCUCGGCUUGCAAAUGAUGACGAUGUCAUGUUGCUUGACUGGGUGAAAGGACUCCUUAAAGAGAAGAAAUUGGAAAUGCUGGUUGACCCUGAUCUUCAGAACAAAUAUGUGGAGGCUGAGGUGGAGCAACUAAUCCAGGUGGCGUUGCUUUGUACACAAAGCAACCCAAUGGAUCGUCCCAAGAUGUCGGAUGUGGUGAGAAUGCUUGAAGGUGAUGGCUUGGCUGAAAGAUGGGAUGAGUGGCAGAAGGUAGAAGUUCUACGGCAGGAAGUGGAACUUGCACCUCAUCCUGGUUCUGAUUGGAUUGUUGACUCAACAGAGAAUUUACACGCAGUUGAACUAUCGGGUCCAAGGUGAUCAAGUAAAGAAAAAAGCAAAUCUUUAGGAAACUCUUACUUUUGUUGACCUUGUGAAAGUUUUUCUUGUUAUAUUUAAUGAAAAUCUCCACUUGUAAGCCCCAUGAAGUGUAUCUGUUACGUUGUGCAUACGAAUUGUACUGACAGGAGUUCUUAAUCUAUUGCCCUGAAAGUUGCACAUAGGCGUAGUUGUUAAGUGCUUUAAAAUGGUCCAACCCAGUAUGCUGUCAAGCAGAGUCUUGUUUUCAGUGACAUAAAUUCAAUCAAUUUGACAGGCUAUUUACAGGA